AGUGAAGGGAAUAGACCCCAGGUAUAGAGUGAAGGGAAUAGACCCCAUGUAUAGAGUGAAGGGAAUAGACCCCAUCUAUAGAGUGAAGGGAAUAGACCCCAUCUAUAGAGUGAAGGGAAUAGACCCCAUCUAUAGAGUGAAGGGAAUAGACCCCAUCUAUAGAGUGAAGGGACUGGAACCCCAUAUUAGAGUGAAGGGAAUAGACCCCAUCUAUAGAGUGAAGGGAAUAGACCCCAGGUAUAGAGUGAAGGGAAUGGACCCCAUGUAUAGAGUGAAGGGAAUAGACCCCAUCUAUAGAGUGAAGGGAAUAGACCCCAGCUAUAGAGUGAAGGGAAUGGACCCCAUGUAUAGAGUGAAGGGAAUAUACCCCAGCUAUAGAGUGAAGGGAAUAGACCCCAGGUAUAGAGUGAAGGGAAUGGACCCCAUGUAUAGAGUGAAGGGAAUAGACCCCAUCUAUAGAGUGAAGGGAAUAGACCCCAUCUAUAGAGUGAAGGGAAUAGACCCCAGCUAUAGAGUGAAGGGAAUAGACCCCAGCUAUAGAGUGAAGGGAAUAGACCCCAGGUAUAGAGUGAAGGGAAUGGACCCCAUGUAUAGAGUGAAGGGAAUAGACCCCAGCUAUAGAGUGAAGGGAAUAGACCCCAGGUAUAGAGUGAAGGGAAUAGACCCCAUCUAUAGAGUGAAGGGAAUAGACCCCAUCUAUUAUAGAGUGAAGGGAGGGAAUAGACCCCAUUAUAGAGUGAAGGAAUAGACCCCAUCAUUAGAUUGAGGAAUAGACCCCAUCUAUAGAGUGAAGGGAAUAGACCCCAUCUAUAGAUGUGAAGGGGAAUAGACCCCAGUAUAGAGUGAAGGGAAUAGACCCAAUCUAUAGAGUUGAAAGGGAAUAGACCCAGAUAUAGAGUGAAGGGAAUAGACCCAGCUUUAUAGAGUGAAGGGAAUGGGAACCCCAUCGUAUAGAGUGAAGGAAGAGACCCCAUCUAUAGAUGAAGGAAUGGACCCAUGUAUAGAGUAAGGGAACUAGACCCCAUCUAUAGAGUGAAGGGGAAUAGACCCCAUUUAUGUGUGAAGGGAAUAGGACCCCAUAUAUAGAGUGACGGGGGAAAUAGACCCCAGCUAUAGAGUGAAGGGAAUAGACCCAAGCUAUGAGUGAAGGGAGGAAAUGGACACAUUGUUAUAGAGUGACGGGAAUAAGACCCAUCUAUAGAGUGAGGGAUAGGACCCCAGAUAUAGAGUGAGGGAAUAGACCCCAGGUAUAGGUGAAGGGAAAGACACCAGCUAUAGAGUGAAGGAAAUAGGACCCAGGUAUAGAGGGAAGGGCAAGACCCAAUCUAGAGAGUAAGGAAAGACACCAUCUAGUAGAGUGAAGGGAAUAGACCCUCUAUAGAGUAAGGGAAUUAGGGACCCAGCUUAUAGAGUUGAAGGGAAUAGACCCAGCUAUAGAGUGAAGGGAAUAGACCCCAUCUAUAAGAGUGAAGGGAAUAGACCCCAUCUUAUAGAGUGAAGGGAAUAGACCCCAUAUAUAGAGUGAAGGGAAUAGACCACAGAUAUAAGUGAGGAAUAGACCAGCUGAUAGAGUGGCAGGGAAUAGACCCCAGCUAAGAGUUGAAGGAAAUAAGACCCCAGCUAUAGAGUGAAGGAAUAGACCCCAUGUAUAGAGUGAAGGAAGACACACAUCUAUAGAGUGAAGGGAAUAGACCCAUACUAUAGAGGGAAGGGAAUAGACCCCCGCUAUAGAGUGAAGGGAAAGGACCCCAGAUAUAGAGUGAAGGGCAUAGACCACAUCAUAGAGUGAAGGGAAUAGGGACCCCAUCUAUAGGUGGAAGGGAAUAGACCCCAGCUAUAGAGGGAAGGGAAAGGACCACAGCUUCGAGUGAAGGGAAUGGACCCCUGUAUAGAGUUGAAGGGACUAGGACCCCAUCUAAGCAGGAAGGGGGAAUAGGACCCCAUCUAUAGAGUGAAGGGAAUAGACCCAUCUAUAGAGUUGAAGGGAAAUAGACCCCCAAUCUAUAGAGUGAAGGGGAAUAGCCCCAGGAUAGAGUGAAGGGGAAGAGACCCAAGGUUAUAGAGUGAAGGGAAUAGACCCCAUCUAUAGAGUGAAGGGAAUAGACCAUAUAUAGAGUGAGGGAAUAAGCCACAUCUAUAGAGUGAAGGAUAGACCCCAUAUAUAGAGGGGAAGGGAAACAUAGGACCCCAAUUCGAUAGAGUGAAGGAAUGGACCCCAUCUAUGAGUGAAGGGAAUAGACCCCCAUCUAUAGAGGAGGGAAUAGACCCCAGGUAUAGAGUGAAGGGAAGGACACCAUGUAUAGAGGAAGGGAAUAGGACCCAAUCAUAGAGUAGUGAAGGGAAAUAGACCCCAGCUAUAGAAGUGAAGGGAAUGGGACCCCAUGUAUAGAGUGAAGGGGAAAUGACCCCAGCGAGGAGAUGAAGGUGAAUCGACCCAAGGUAUAGAGGUGAAGGGAAUAGACCCCAGGUAUAGAGUGAAGGUAAUAGCCCCAGGUGCAGGUAAGAAGUGAAGGGAAUGACCCCCUGUAUAGAGUUGAAUGAAGGGAUAGACCCCACUAUAAGUGAAGGGGAAUAGACCCCAUCUAUAGAGUGAAGGAAUAGGACCCCAGUCUAUAAGGAAGGGAGAAUAGGACCCAACUAUAGAGUGAGGGGAAUAGAACAAAGGUAUAGAGUGAAGGGAAUGGACCCCCCCCAUUUUUUGCUAUAGAGUGAAGGGGAAUGGACGCCCCAGCUAUAGAGUGAAGGGAAUAGACCCCAGGUAUAGAGUGAAGGGAAUAGACCCCAUCUAUAGAGUGAAGGGAAUGGACCCCAUGUAUAGAGUGAAGGGAAUAGCCCCAUUAUAGAGGAGGGAAUAGACCCAUCUAUAGAGUGAAGGGGAAUAGACCCCAUCAUAGAGUGAAGGGAAUAGACCCCAGCUAUAGAGUGAAGGGAAUAGACCCCAGCUAUAGAGUGAAGGGAAUGGACACCAUGUAUAGAGUGAAGGGAAUAGACCCCAUCUAUAGAGUGAAGGGAAUGGACACCAUGUAUGAGUGAGGGAAUAGACCAAUCAUAGAGUGAAGGGGAAUAGACCCCAUCUAGAGCUGUGAAGGGAAUAGACCCCACUAUAGGAGUUGAAGGAAUAGACCCCCCAGCUAUUAGAGUGAAGGGCUAGGACCCCAGCUAUGGAGUGAAGGAAUGGACCACAUGUAUAGAUGUGAGGAAUAGACUCAUCUAUAGAGUGAAGGGAAAGGCCCAAUCAUAGAGUGAGGGAAUUCGAACCCAGGUAUAGAGUGGAAGGGAAUAGACCCCAGCUAUAGAGUGAAAGGGAAUAGGACCCCAGUAUAGAGUGAGAAGAAUGGCACCCCAUGUAUAGAGUGAAGGGAAUAGACCCCAUCUAUAGAGUGAAGGGAAUAGUCCCCAAGCAUAGAGUGAAGGAAAGACCCCAGGUAUAGAGUGAAGGGAAUAGACCCCAUCUAGAGAGUGAAGGAAUUAGACCCAUCUAUAGAGGGAAGGGAAUAGACCCCAUCUAUAGCGUGAAGGGAAUAGACCCCAUGUAUAGAGUGAAGGGAAUAGACCCCAUCAUAGAGUGAAGGGAAUUAGGACCCAGCUAUAGAGUGAAGGGAAUAGGACCCCAUCUAUAGAGUGAAGGGAAUAGAACCAGCUAUUAGAGUGAAGGAAUAGACCCCAGCUAUAGAGUGAAGGGAAUAGGACCCCCGGUAGUAGAGUGAAGGAAUGGAACCCAUGUAUAGAGUGAAGGGAAUAGACCCCAGCUAUGAGUGACGGGAAUAGACCCCAGGGAUUAGAGUGAAGGGAAUAGGACCCAUCUAUAGAGUGAGGGAAAUGGACCCCAUGUAUAGAGUGAAGGGCAUAGACCCAAUCUAUAGAUGAAGGGAAUAGACCCCCAUCUAUAGAUGAAGGGAAUAGACCCCAAUAUAGAGUGAGGGAAUAGACCCAGCUAUAGAUGAAGGAUAGACCCCAGCUAUCGAGUGAAGGAAUGGACCACCUGUAUAGAGUGAAGGGAAUAGACCCCAUCUAUAGAGUGAAAGGGAAUGGACCCAAUGGAUUAUAGCGUGAAGGGAAUAGAACCAAUCUAUAGAGUGAAGGGAAAUAGACCCCCAUCUAUAGAGUGAAGGGAAUCUUUUUUUUUUUUUUUGACCCAUCUAUAGAGUGAAGGGCAAUAGACCCCAAGCAUAUAGAGUGAGGGAAUAGACCCAUGCUAUAGGAGUGAAGGGAAUAGACCCCAGCUAUAGAGUGAAGGGAAUAGACCCCAGCUAUAGAGUGAAGGGAAUGGACCCCAUCUAUAGAGUGAAGGGAAUAGACCCCAUCUAUAGAGUGAAGGGAAUAGACCCCAGGUAUAGAGUGAAGGGAAUAGACCCCAGCUAUAGAGUGAAGGGAAUAGACCCCAGGUAUAGAGUGAAGGGAAUAGACCCCAUCUAUAGAGUGAAGGGAAUAGACCCCAUCUAUAGAGUGAAGGAAUAAGAACCCAAUCUAUAGAGUGAAGGAAUAGACCCCAGCGUAGAGUGAAGGGAAUAGACCCCAGCUAUAGAGUGAAGGGAAUAGACCCCAGCUAUAGAGUGAAGGGAAUAGACCCCAUCUAUAGAGUGAAGGGAAUAGACCCCAUCUAUAGAGUGAAGGGAAUAGACCCCAGCUAUAGAGUGAAGGGAAUAGACCCCAGCUAUAGAGUGAAGGGAAUAGACCCCAGCUAUAGAGUGAAGGGAAUAGACCCCAGCUAUAGAGUGCAAGGGAGAAUGGACCCCAGUAUUAUAGAGUGAAGGGAAUAGACCCCAUCUAUAGAGGAAGGGAAUAGACCCAGCUAUAAGUGAAGGGAUGACCCAGGUAUAUGAGUGAAGGGAAUAGACAUAGACCCCUCUAUAGGUGAAGGGAAUAGACCCAUCUAUAGAGUGAAGGAUAGGACACCACUUAUAGCGUGAGGGAAUAGACCCCAUCAUAGCGUGAAGGAAUAGAAACCCAUCUAUAGAGUGAAGGAUAGACCCCAGCUUAGAUGAAGGGAAUAGACCCCCCAGUAUAGGAGUGAGGGAAUAGACCCCAGGCUAUAGAGUGAAGGGAAUACGACCCCAGCUAUAGAGUGCAAGGGAAUGGACACCAUGUAUAGAGUGAAGGUGGAAUAGACCCCAUCUAUAGAGUGAAGGGAAUAGACCCCAGCUAUAGAGUGAAGGGAAUAGACCCCAUCUAUAGAGUGAAGGGAAUAGACCCCAUCUAUAGAGUGAAGGGAAUAGACCCCAUCUAUAGAGUGAAGGGAAUAGACCCCAUCUAUAGAGUGAAGGGAAUAGACCCCAGCUAUAGAGUGAAGGGAAUAGACCCCAGUAUAGAGUGAAGGGAAUAGACCCCAGCUAUAGAGUGAAGGGAAUAGACCCCAGCUAUAGAGUGAAGGGAAUAAGACCCAGCUAUAGGAGUGAGGAAUAGACCCAUCAUAGAGUGAAGGGAAUAGACCCCAUCUAUAGAGUGAAGGGAAUAGACCCCAUCUAUAGAGUGAAGGGAAUAGACCCCAGGUAUAGAGUGAAGGGAAUAGACCCCAGGUAUAGAGUGAAGGGAAUAGACCCCAGGGAGAGAGUUGAAGGAAUAGACCCCAGUAUAGAGUGAAGGGGAAAUGGAACACAGCUAAAAUGUUGCCAGGCUGUGGUAGAUGAUAGUAAAGUAUCUCUCUCUGUGUCCGUGUUGCCAGGCUCUGGUAGGUGAUAAGACCCUGGCAUUCUGGCUGAUGGAUAAAGAGAUGUACACCAACAUGAGUUCCCUGAUCCCCAUGACGCCCGUCAUCGACCGAGGCAUCCAGCUCCAUAAGAUGAUCCGCCUCCUCACACACGCUCUGGGGGGAGAGGGCUACCUCAACUUCAUGGGUGAGUUGGGGGGAGAGGACUACCUCAACUUCAUGGGUGAGUUGGGGGGAGAGGACUACCUCAACUUC